CUCUUUGAGCUGGAGUGCUCAAGAGCCAGCUCCAGCCUUCGAAAAGAUGUCUGUGAAGAUCUUUUGCCUGGUCCUGAGUGUGGUGGGCACGGUCUGGACCAUCCAUGUCAAGGAAAGUGAAUUUAUAGCCGAAGGAGCAGUUGCACGUGGCCCAAGAAUUGUGGAAAGACAGCAAUCUACCUGCAAGGAGACAGACUGGCCCUUCUGCGCUGAUGAAGACUGGAACUACAAAUGCCCUUCUGGCUGCAGGAUGAAAGGGUUAAUUGAUGAAGUCAAUCAAGAUUUUACAAACAGAAUAAAUAAGCUCAGAAAUUCACUAUUUGAUUAUCAGAAGAACAAUAAGGACUCCAGUUCAUUGACAGGGAAUAUAAUGGAACUUGUGAGAGGGGAUUUUGCCAGCGCUAACAAUAAUGAUAAUACAUAUAGCCAAGUGACAGAAGAUCUGAGAAGCAAAAUUGAGAUCCUGAGGCGCAAAGUCAUAGAACAAGUACAGCAAAUCCGCCUUCUACAGAAAAAUGUCAGGGAUCAGCUGGUAGAUAUGAAACGACUGGAGGUGGACAUUGAUAUUAAGAUCCGAUCUUGUCAAGGGUCAUGCAGUAGGGCUUUGGAACGUAGGACAGAUCUAAAGUACUAUGAAGAUCAACAGAAGCAACUUGAACAAGUCAUUGCCAAAGACUUACUUCCACCUAAAAACAGACAACAAUUACCACAGCUGAAAAUGAGCAGAGCUCCAAAUACGCUUCCUGGGGACUUCAAGAGCCAGCUUAAGAAUGCCCCUCCAGAGUGGAGGGCACUCAUGGAAAUGCAACAGAUGAAAAUAACAUUCGAGGGGUCUGGUAGAGAUGGGAAUACCCGAGGAGACACUGCAUCUCAUGGAACAGGAUCAGUGCCUGAAAACCCCAGGAACCCUGGGAGCUCCACACCAGGAAGUUCUGGCACUUGGAACCCUGGGAGCUCCACACCAGGAAGUUCUGGCACUUGGAACCCUGGGAGCUCUGGACCCGGAAGUUCUGGCACUUGGAACCCUGGCAGCUCCACACCGGAAAGUUCUGGCGCUUGGAACCCUGGCAGCUCCACACCGGAAAGUUCUGGCACUUGGAACCCGGGGAGCACCGGGCCUGGCAGUGAUGGCAGUUGGAGCUCUGGGAGCAUUGGGACGACCAGCAGCAGCUCUUGGAGCUCUGGGAGCUCUGUGAGCACUGGCUCAUGGAAUGCUGGGAGCACUGGUACUGGCAGUACUGGUCCUUGGAGCCCUGGAAGUUCUGAGUCCGGAAGCUUUAGGCCAGAUAGUGUAGGGCAUGGGAACUCCAGGCCUACCAACCCAGACUGGGGCAAAUUUGAAGAGGUGUCAGGAAGUGUAACUCCAGGGACAAAGAAAGAAUUCCACACAGGUAAACUGGUCACUUCUAAAGGAGAUAAAGAGCUUCUUAUUGGUAGUGAGAGGGUCACCUCUGGAAGCGGGACCACCACUCGUCGUUCAUGCUCUAAAACUGUUACUAAGACUGUUAUAGGUCCUGAUGGUCGCAAAGAAGUGACCAAAGAAGUGGUAAACUCUGAAGAUGGUUCUGACUGUGGUGAUUUACCCCAUUCUUUUGCUGGUAGCCUAGAUGAUCUCCAUUCUAGGCACCCUGAUCUGGAGAGUUUCUUUGGCACUUCCUCAACUAGAAACAUAUUUCCAGGUGGGCUUUCACCCUCACACAGAGAGUUUGAUAGUAGGACCCAUGCUUUGGGCUCAGAAUCGGACAUAUUCACAUACUUCAGGGUACCUGAGUUCCCUUCCAGUGGUAAAACUUCAAGUCACAGCAAACAAUUUUCAAGCAGUAGUACAACUUUCAACAGAGGAGACUCCACAUUUGAAAGCAAGAGCUAUAAAGUGGCAGGUGAGACCGGAACUGAAGAGGAACAUGAAACCCUCAAGGGAGGAUAUACCACCAAAAGAGGCCAUGCUAAAGUUCGCUCUGCCAGAGACUGUGAUGAUGUCCUCCAAACACAUCCUUCAGGUGCCCAAAGUGGUAUUUUCAAUAUCAAGCUACCGGGAUCCAGUAAGAUUUUUUCUGUUUAUUGUGAUCAAGAGACCAGUUUGGGAGGAUGGCUUUUGAUCCAGCAAAGAAUGGAUGGAUCAGUGAAUUUUAACCGGACCUGGCAAGACUACAAGAAAGGUUUCGGCAGCCUGGAUGACAAGGGGGAAGGAGAAUUCUGGCUAGGCAAUGAAUACCUCCACUUACUAACUCUGAGGGGCUCUGUCCUUCGGGUUGAAUUAGAGGACUGGGCUGGAAACCAGGCUUAUGCAGAAUAUCACUUGAGGGUAGGCUCUGAGGCAGAAGGCUAUACCCUGCAGGUCUCUUCCUAUGAGGGCACAGCAGGUGAUGCUCUGAUUGAGGGCUCUGCAGAGGAAGGAGCAGAGUAUACGUCACACGCGGACAUGCAGUUCAGCACCUAUGACAGGGACAGAGACCCGUGGGAAGAGAACUGCGCGGAAGUCUACGGAGGAGGCUGGUGGUACAACAGCUGUCAAGCGGCCAAUCUCAAUGGCGUCUACUAUCCUGGGGGCUCCUAUGAUCCAAGGAACAAUAGUCCUUAUGAGAUUGAGAAUGGAGUGGUCUGGGUCCCCUUCAGGGGUGCGGAUUAUUCCCUCAGGGCUGUUCGCAUGAAAAUCCGGCCCCUGGUGACCCAAUAGAACUGGAAGGAGAGGAAUCUGCUUUCUUUGUUUAGUGAAAUAGAGGGAAAAAUGAGGAAGAUAAAGAUGUUAAGAUUCUUUACAAUCUACUAAGAAAUUCAUGGGUGCUAUUUUAUUAUUCUUUGUACUGUAUCUAGAUGUAACUGAGACAUAUUACUGCUUUAAAAAAUAAAAUUAUGUUAGUUUUUUUCU